AUGAUUAGAAAAUUAUUUUAGCUUAAUCUUUAGAAAGUUCUUAUAAGCGGAGAUCGCUUACAUAGCAAAAGCAGCUUGCUUAAGAAAUAGAAUUAUAUAAUUUAAAAUAAGUUAGCAUACUAACCAAUUUAUAGUUUCAGCAAUACAGGCAAGAAUGAUUAAAAGGAUGCUAAAAAAGGCGAUGAUUAAAAAGCAUAAAAAUAAGAAAAAUAAGAUGAUAAAAAAGUUUAAAAUAAAGAAAACUAAAAUGAGACAGAAAAUAAAACAGAGUAAGAUUAAAAUGAAGAAAAAAUGGGAGCUAAAAAAAUAUAUGAAAAAAUUAACAACUUUAAUAUCUUUUAGACCAUGGACGAAGCCAGAGAUUGGGUCGAAAGAUACAGGAUUAAGAGAUUAAAAAAUUUAACUGAGAAAAAAAUGGCAUAAGAAAUAAAAGAGAGAGCAAAGUAUGAUAAAUUAACUGAUGAAGAAAGAACAGAAAUGGAUAUUGCAAUCAUCAAUUAGUUUUAAUCAGAAUAAGAAGAAGUAGACGAAGUAGAUUUAAUGUAUUAUAUGUACUUCAAUCAAAAUAGCAUAUUAGGUAGAAUUGCAGCUAAACUUUAAAUGAUCAAGUGCAUUGUUUUCCAUAAAAAACUUUUAGAAUAAAAGAUGGAAUACUAUGAAACCUUGAUGGUUAACUUGGGAUAUAAUAGACGUUUAUUAAAUUAAUCACUUCCCAUUUUGCAUAAUGAACUCUAAAAAAUGUUUCAUUAAAGACUUCCUGAUUAUUACACUAUGACUAGAUGGGAACUUUAUAAGCAAAUGAAACACAGAUUAGAUAAAUAGUUUGGAAAAUUACAUGUUGAAUUUGAGUAAGAUUAAUAUGGCAAUAUUAUUUAUAAAGAAACCGAAGAAAAUAAGCAGGAAAGUGAAAGUAAGGAAGAGGAAACUAAAAAAGAUCCUGAAGAAGCCAAGGAAGAACUUAACAACGAUUAGAUUCAAGAAAAGUUUAGAUAAUUAAAUUAAUUUAAUACUGGAUUAGCUAUACUUUAAGAUUUACCUGAAGAUGAUAUGCCUGUUAAGAAGAAUACUUAAAUUAAUAAUGAAACUGAAGCAUUAGAAAGAAUUAGGUUAUUAAAUCAUGUUGGAUGGAAUAGAGCAGAAACAAUUAAAAACUUUUUAGGCUAAACUGAGGCUUAUCGUAGAAAAGCCUACCGUCAUCACAUUUUCUGUCUUAAAGACGAAUUUGACCAAUUUAUGAAAAACAAAGAAUAAGUUGAUUUAAGCAAGUUAUCAGAAAAAGAAAGGUUGACUAUGUUUACUGUUGCAAAGUUUGAUCCUAAGGAAUAAAUGAGAAGAAAAAUGAGAUUGUGGUGGUUAAAUAAUUAACAAAUAUUCGGUUUUGGUAUUAAGUCUGAAGAAGAUAAAAGACGUAUUAUAAUCGAUCUUAGUAUAUUAGAAGAGAUGAAAAAGAGUAAAGAAGAAAUUCAAGAAAGCACAUCAGGCAUAAAAGAAUCUUAUAAUGAUUAGAUGGCAUCUAAUGCUACCUCCCUUUACGGUGGUGCAGCCUUCUUACUGGAUAAUACUUAGAAGAAUACUAAAAUGGAAUAAUGUUUAGAAUUUAUAAGAAAAUAUGAUAAAGAAUUCAGCGUUGAAGAUUUAGAAGAACAUGUUAAGAGUACAUUUGAAACCGUUUACACAGCUCAUCUUAAGGGCUUGAUAUAUGAAGUAGAUAAUAUUGUCUAAGAGUAAGCUCUAGGAUACUUUAGAGCAGUUUGGAAUAUUUGGGGAUUAUAAAAAAUGAAACCUAAAUUUUCUAGAAUUUGGGGCACAGAAAAGCCAGUUUUCUCUUCUUGCGAAAUUAAUAGCUCUAACUAGCCAGAAUUUAAUUUCUAAAUAUAUUUCUAAACUAACCAUUGCUUCGUAGAUGCUAAAGAUGAAAAAAUAAUAAAAGAUGGAUCUUUAGAAAGGAUUAUGACUAAUGGAUAUUAAGUAAUUUGUAUUUUUGAUGAAACAGAAGAGAAUGCUGACUAUCAAUGGAAAAUUACAAGUGUUCAAGUACUUAAGAAGGAUUUGCUCUUGGCUUGA